UCAAUUAAGUUCCAAUUAUAUAAGUAAACGUAAACGUUUCUUGAUUGUUCUCCAAGUGUACUUACUUCAUCAUUCAUAUGUAUUUUGAAUUUCAGUUCACCGUUCAUGUUACCAAGGCGCUCACACACCCUAGUAGUUGUUCAUCCAAACCUAGGUUUAAACCCCGAGAUGAUACUGUCGCUCGGUCAUAUCCAGCACUAUCAAAUUACUCAGCAUCUGUUACAACUUCCGUUAGAAAUGCAACAAUUCUCACAGUUGGACACCAAGGCACAAUCUUUCAGCAUAAUACCAACAAUUCUGGAACAACAGAGACCGCAGGGUGGACCCUGUCCGCUAAUGACACUGGUGUUUAUAGAACCUGCUUUAUGUUGUACGACAGUGAUGGGGUCCCUGGUGAAACUAUAUGUGACACACUGCUGGCAGGAGAUACUGAUGAAUGUGCACGGAAUGACACGUGCAUUGAUAAACCAUGUAGGCACUGCACGAACUACUGGCAUUAUUACACGUGCUAUUAUGAUAGUUGUGAAGAGAAACAACUAAGUAUAGGACUAAUAAUAGGUGCUGCAAUUGGAUGCGUAAUUCUUCUUGUUGCCAUGGCAACAGCAAUAUGCUUAUACCUGAAGUAUGUUAAAAGGAAAAGAAAUAAAGUGAAAGAAUUAACUAUCACAGAUAAACAAGAACUAAAAUGAAUAAAACAUGUGUGUUUUAUUAAUGAACUAACUGGUUAAUUAUCACAGGAUGGUGAAAAUAUUAUUCUUGGUCAAAGGAAAAGACAUUUAAACAUACAUGAAUUAAUUACUUUACAUAUUAUAUAAAGUGUCAACUUAAACUGACAUUGAACAAUUUUGCUAUUAAAUAUGUACAUAUUCUACAUACAUUGUUCAAACAACAAAAAAAUCCCACACCAAAAUACAACAUUUAUAUGUUAAAAUGAUUAGUAUGUGUGUAAAAAUAAAAGUUGUUUAAAACCACAUGGAUUUGUUGAUCUUAUUUUGUUAACUUGUUAAUAAAUGGAAAAUAAUUUAUAAUAUCAAUG